UGUAAGCCAUUUCGCGCGGGAGCUCGGCUUAUGAUUGUGCAGUCGCCGCCAUUAAGGCUAAGCAGCAAGAUGUCGACGCUGCUGGACCUCCCGAAGCCUCGAAUUAACUGCUCCAUGUUGUCCAACUAUAUCAACAAACCGGUGUGCGUCGCCGGGCGGGUUGAAAAGGUGCACCAAAGUGGAAAAAGCUUCACUCUUGCUGACGGAGACGGACAAACUACUACAGUUGAGCUCAAUGACCCCCUUGAAGAAGAGCUGUGUGGAAUUGUGGAGGUUCUUGGAAUGGUGUCCAACAAGGGAGCUGUGAUGGCCACCACCUUCAACAUGCUGCGAGAUGAAAAGGGGCUUAUUCCUUUUGACUUGGAAGUGUACAACGAAGCUGUGAAGAUGAUCCACGAAUUCCCUCAGUUUUAUCCUUUUCAAGCGGCUACAAACGGAUAAGACUUCUUUUCAUUCUUUGCCCUACAAAAAUUGAAUGCAGCAAAUUUGUUUAAUAUUGUAAUUAUUUUUGAUAUCAAGUUUUCUCUACAUGUAAUUGAUCAUGGGGCACCACCAUGGCAAAAAUAAAUGCGGCCACACCUUAAAA